GGGAAGGUUCCUGUGGGGCUUCCUGAGUCGCGCCUCACUCUGCCGACUGAGGACAAAGGGCUUCCCAAGGCCUGGAUUGUAGUAAGUGGGAUCGAGUCGUGCCUGAACAGAGAUGCGUGGAUGAGCUAAACUCUGUGAGCAACAACGGUCUAGAGGAGGAGGGAAUUGAAGCCCAUCCUGCUUGUUUUCUGGAGCUGAGUUUCAAAUAUUUCUGGCCUGAUAAUUUUUUUUUUUAAUGUUUUUCCUCUCCCCCGUGAUACUUAGGAAAGGUAACAUGUUUCAUAUGUGCAGAUCACUUGCUGUUGUAAGCUCCUUGCUGUCUUUAGACCUGGCUGCAUGUCACCUGCCAUAGGCAUUUGGGAGAUGAAGAUGUAGUGAUCACCAGAGUAAAAAGUAAAUUUUUUGCUGAACUGCUUAAUGGGAUAAGAUGUGGGGUUUUUCUCCAGAUGAUGGUCAACGGCCUUAGGUACCAAAACAGCCCUCUGCGAUGACCCCUUGCACCCGUCGUAUUUCCAUCACUUACAGUGCAGAGGUCGGGCGUGUGCAGGCGUCGCCUCGUUUCCUGCGUAGCUUUGACUUGUCCCCUGAGCACCCUCCACACCGUGGGCAAAGCGAGGCGGGUUUCUGUGGAGAAGACAAUGGCUGGCCACGAGUUAAAGCUGGUGUUGUCAGAAGGUGUAUGAAAACUACAGUAGCUGACCUUUUGGGUUACUUCUUAGCACAGGCUUGAGCUAACACGGUGUGUGGGAGCAGAGAACUGUGUCCAUCCUCCAGGCGACUGGCUGCUGAAGGGGGAGGAUGUCACAGGCUUUCUGCUGAGCAUCGGUAGUGUUUGUUGGUAGCAAAGGCUUCUUCGGUGUUCUCUGAGCCAGCACCUUGGUGGCUGUAGACCAUUUCAUCCCAUCUUCCGUUAGCGUGUUUUCUUUGCAGCCUCCUCCCUCAUCCUUUCUUCUCUUCCUUUUAGUUCCUUCCUCAUCUCUCAGGUGCCAGCAAAUAUUGGCAGUAGAUGGGAGACUCUCCUGCUCCUUGUUUUGGUGCGACAUUGGCCCCAUGUUGCCAGAAGCAAUUGGGCAAUAUUCCUGGGUUUGAAUUUCUCCAUUCUGUGCAAAUACUGCAAGUCUGCUCUGGUUGGCAAGUAAGAGCUGGUGGAACUGAGAGGGCACAUGGGACAAAUGGGACCUUGACUGAAGGACACAGCCAACUGCUAGGAAGCGUCUGCUGGGCUGGUGGAAGCUGAGGUGACCAGAAGCGGAUUCAUGCUACGUACCCCUGUGGAUUUUCCUGGGGAUAGUCGGAUAUCAUGGAUGGCCCUUGGGCAACUGGGCAGAGGAAAAUGCUACAAGAGAAAAAGGCACCAGAAGAAGCAAGCUGGCAAUCCUCUUGUUCAGCAAAGUGGACAGCCGCUAAUCCUUACCCAGAACCCGACCGCGGGUCUGGGCACGAUGGUAACUCAGCCAGUAUUACGACCUGUACAGAUCAUGCAGAACGCCAAUCACGUCACAAACUCUCCGGUGACCAGCCAGCCCAUCUUCAUAACAACCCAGGGAUUUCCCGUGAGGAAUGUGCGGCCUGUACAAAACACAAUGAACCAGGUUGGAAUCGUUCUGAAUGUACAGCAAGGUCAAACAGUUAGACCCAUCACCCUCGUCCCAGCCCCAGGUACCCAGUUUGUUAAACCAACAGUUGGAGUUCCUCAGGUGUUCUCUCAAAUGGCCCAGGUGAGACCAGGUACAACCAUGCCGGUGCGACCCACCACCAACACUUUCACUACGGUCAUUCCGGCCACGCUUACCAUCAGGAGCACUGUACCACAGUCCCAGGCACAACAGCAAAUGAGCAUCGCAAGCUUUGUGACUGUGAAGAGGCCUGGAGUGGCUGGUGAGAACAGCAACGAGGUUGCUAAGCUCGUGAACACCCUGAACACCAUUCCUUCGUUAGGGCAGAGCCCUGGCCCGCUGGUGGUCUCCAACAGCAGCCCUGUGCAUGGUUCCCAGAGAUCGAGUGUUUCAGAGUCGUCGUCGUCGUCGUCGUUAAAAGUCAGUUCAUCUCCUAUUCCCACAUUUGAUUUGCAAGAUGGUGGCAGGAAGGUCUGCCCGAGGUGCGAUGCUCAGUUUCGAGUUACUGAAGCUUUAAGAGGACAUAUGUGUUACUGCUGCCCUGAAAUGGUUGAAUUCCUCAAGAAAAGAAAAUCUCUAGAAUCUGAACCAAAUAUUCAAUCUGCAAAGCCUCCAUCUCCAGAAAAAACUACAGCUGUUGCUUCGCCACCCUCUUCUACCCCUAUCCCUGCCCUGUCCCCGCCUGCUAAAGCUCCAGAGCCAAGUGAAAACGUAGUUGACUCAUCCCAAAGUAAGCUCAUUAUGUUGGUAGAUGAUUUCUACUAUGGCAGAGAUGGUGGCAAAGUGAGCCAGCUACUGAACUUCCCCAAGGUUCCAGCUUCCUUCAGGUGUCCGCACUGCACCAAGAGGCUAAAGAACAACAUCAGGUUUAUGAAUCACAUGAAGCACCACGUUGAACUGGACCAGCAGAACGGAGAGGUAGAUGUCCACACCAUCUGCCAGCAUUGUUACCGGCAGUUCUCCACUCCGUUUCAGCUACAGUGUCACUUAGAGAAUGUCCACAGUCCCUACGAGUCAACAACAAAGUGCAAGAUUUGCGAGUGGGCAUUUGAGAGUGAGCCAAUGUUCCUACAGCACAUGAAGGACACUCACAAGCCUGGGGAGAUGCCCUAUGUUUGUCAGGUCUGCCAGUAUCGCUCAUCGCUCUAUUCUGAAGUGGACAGCCAUUUCCGAAUGAUCCACGAAGACACGCGGCACCUGCUCUGUCCUUACUGUCUCAAAGUCUUCAAGAAUGGCAAUGCUUUCCAACAGCACUUCAUGAGGCAUCAGAAGAAGAGUGUUUAUCACUGCAACAAGUGUAGACUCCAGUUCCUAUUUGCCAAGGAUAAAAUUGAACACAAGCUGCAGCACCACAAAACUUUCCGAAAGCCCAAACAAUUAGAAGGAUUGAAACCUGGAACCAAGGUUACAAUCAGGGCGUCUAGAGGACAGCCACGGACAGUGCCAAUAUCUUCAAAUGACAUGCCGCAGGGCACUGGACAGGAAACCACUCCGCUGUCAUCUUCUACCGAUCCCCAGCCCAUCUUCCUGUACCCGCCUGUCCAGAGGAACGUCCAGAAGAGAGCGGUCAAAAAAAUGAGCGUGCUGGGGCGGCAGACUUGUCUGGAGUGCAGCUUCGAAAUCCCCGACUUCCCAAACCACUUUCCCACCUACGUGCACUGUUCGCUGUGUCGCUACAGCACUUGCUGCUCCAGAGCUUACGCCAACCACAUGAUCAACAACCAUGUUCCUCGGAAGAGUCCAAAGUACUUGGCUUUGUUUAAAAACUAUACUGCCUGUGGUGUAAAGCUGUUCUGUUCCUCUUGUCUCUUUGUAUCAUCUGAGGGUGAUGCAAUGGCCAAACAUCUGGUCUUCAAUCCAUCACACGAGUUUAGUAACAUUAUUUUCCGAGGGCCUUCUUGGAUAUCACAUUCCAGGCACGUUCAGCCCCAGGACAAAAGCAUGAAGAAUACAUGCCCUACCUAUUCCCCAAGUAAAGCUGCUACUGUGAAAACAAAGUCUAUGUUACCUGCGAAAGAUGACCUGGAGCCUGAACUGGUGCCAGCAGCCUACAACAGACCUCUGGCCUGCCAGGAAGAGGAGUGCUUAAAUAUUGAUGCUGAAGACGAGGAGCAGCCAACAAAGGAGCCCGAGCCUGCAAGCAAAAAGGAGCAGCUGUCGGUAAAAAAGCUGCGAGUUGUACUGUUUGCUUUGUGCUGCAACACUGAGCAGGCUGCAGAGCACUUCCGAAAUCCUCAGAGGCGGAUCAAGCGCUGGCUACGAAGGUUUCAAGCUUUCCAAGAAGAGAACUUGGCAUCCCUGUCAGAGGGCAAGUACCUCAGCCUAGAGGCUGAAGAGAAGCUAGCGGAGUGGGUCCUCACGCAGAGAGAGCAGCAGCUGCCUGUGAACGAGGAGACGCUCUUCCAGAAAGCCACCAAGAUUGGCCGAUCCCUCGAAGGUGGCUUCAAGAUCUCCUACGAGUGGGCGGUGAGGUUCAUGCUACGGCACAACCUCAGCACGCACACUCGAAGGGCGGUGGCUCACCCCCUCCCCAAAGACGUAGAGGACAACGCCAGUUCCUUCAUCGAGUUUGUGCAGCGGCAAAUCCACACUCAAGACCUGCCGCUCUCCAUGAUCGCGGCCAUCGACGAAAUCUCUCUCUUCCUCGAUGUGGAGGUGCUGAGCAGCGACGACAGGAAGGAGAACGCUUUGCAGACGGUGGGAACCGGGGAGCCCUGGUGCGACGUCGUCCUCACGAUCCUCGCCGACGGCAGCGUUCUCCCGACGCUGGUCUUCUUCAGGGGUCACGUACAGCAGCCCGCCAAUGUGCCGGAGUCUAUCAUACUGGAAGCAAAGGAGAACGGAUACAGCGACGACGAAGUCAUGGAGCUGUGGUCGUCCAGAGUGUGGCAGAAGCACACGGAGUGCCAGAACAGCAAGGGCAUGCUCGUGCUGGAUUGUCACCGAACGCACCUAUCGGAAGAAGUACUUUCCUUGCUGAGUGCCUCCAGCACUCUGCCGGCUGUUGUCCCUGCGGGCUGCAGCUCCAAAAUCCAGCCUCUAGAUGUUUGUAUAAAAAGGACUGUGAAAAAUUUCUUGCAUAAAAAGUGGAAAGAGCAAGCCAAGGAAAUGGCGGACUCCACGUGCGACUCGGACAUCCUUCUCCAGCUGGUUUUGUGCUGGCUGGCAGAGGUCCUGGAGGUCAUUAGUGACUCUCCUGAACUUGUGCAGCAGUCCUUCCUGGUGGCCAGCGUGCUGCCCGGUCCGGACGGCACGGCCAACUCGCCCACGCGCAACGCCGACAUGCAGGAGGAGCUGAUCGCCUCGCUGGAGGAGCAGCUGAAGCUGAACGAUGAGCAGCAGGAGGCGGCGGCGGCGGCUGAGGUCCAGGAUCGGGCCCAGGCCGAGGAAUCUGCAGACCCAGAAAUCCUCCAUCAGCUCUUCGAAGGGGAGAGCGAGACUGAAUCCUUUUACGGCUUUGAAGACGCCGAUUUGGAUCUGAUGGAAAUCUGAGCACUGAUCUGCGAAUCGUGAUCCGGAAAGGGUUAUUUUUAAAAUAAAUGUUGGAUGAGACCAUUACACUUCCCUGUGGAUUUGUGGGUUUAGGAAAUUCGUAGGCGAUCACUCAGAUAAAUAGCCAUUUAUGCUGUUCAUUUAUAAGUUUUGUGCUUUUUUAAAAGAAAAAUCACUGUGUUGGUAUUUUCUGAAAAUAUAUUGUGGGUGAAUAUUUUUGCGUUUUCUUUACCUCACUGUAUCAUAGUUUUCUGUUUUUAUUGUGCAGAAAUGUUUUGAAUUAUACAUUGUCAAUGUGACCAUUUCUAAAGAAAGAAAAAAAAUAUGUAGCUAAUGAACCAGUAUAUAAAUCUUUUUGGUUGUCUUAACAGAUUUUUUUUUUUAUUAUUUUUUUUUUAACACUUGACCCAGAGAUUUAGGUUUCUGUGGAAAACUUAGAUAUGAGUUACUGCUUUAACGUGUGAACCUUCUAUAAUUGGCCAUUAAGAUUUGGGUUUGGUUUUUUUGUUUUGUUCUUUUGGGUUGUUUGUUUUGUUUUUUUUUUUUACAGAAGAGUAAUUAUUUUGCUUGUGAAUUUGGACGCGGGGUAAAAACACAAGCGAAAGCAUUUUGCCUGUUCAAUGCCAGCAACGCUUCUUGGGAGCCACGACACUUUGAACUGGGGUUGAACUGAGCUCCGCAGUCAGGGAGUCGGGGGCGGCGCUGACCCGAACCCCUCGCUUGCCCCCGGGCUCUCUGACCGGUGCGGUGGUUCCUCUCCUCCACCUGGGAAACCGCCCGGCACCCACCUUGCUCCAAAGAAUUACUGACAGAGGGUACAUGGUGGAAGAGGAAAGUCAAGUCUGUCUUGAUCUUCCUGUACAGUAGGUGGGAGUUAAGACUGUACGGACCAUUAAAUGUUGACCUUUUAACUACUAGUAGUUGAUAAACCUGCUUUAACGGUGGCAUCAGACACUACGUUCCUUAGAAUUAGAAAUCUGAUUUAAUGAAACAAACUGUGAUGUGCACAAAAAGAAGACGUUUGUUUUUAUUUUUCACUGCCAGCUUAAAUUUUUCUACAAUUUGCAUGUUUGAGGGUUUUUUAAUUGUAUGUAUUAUGGUAUUAAACGGAAAGCAUUUUGACAUACAGAAUUCAGAAGCACCUGCACCUUUCUGUUUCCAUAGAGGUUUUGUGAACCUUCCCUAUUACCGAAGGAAAGCAGGAGGCAGCAUGUGCAGACCUGUAAAUGGUUCAUCUUUAAAAUGUACAUAAGUGGAACAUUUAAUAAAACCAGGGAAAUGGA